UUCUUCUCAGUCGCCUGCUUCUCCUCUGCUCUCUCUCUCUCUCCUCUUCUUCUUCUUCUUCUUCUUCCAAUCAUCAUCAAAUCGGACCAGAAGCUCCCGAAUUCAUCUGCUUAGCCGCCAGCUCCUGAACCGGAACGCUCUUGUUUCAUCUCUUCCGGGCGCUAUUGUCGUAUGAGGUUUGGACUUCACUGCUUGGAGAGUGCGGAAAAUUCAGUGGGGACACUUGCACCCACUGAUCAUAUGGUGGCGCUGUCCCUGACUUGAGCUCUUGGACUGAAGGCUUUGUUGGUUGGUUUUGUAGUGAAUUCUCUUUUUUGUAUUUGAGUCUGGGUGUUACUGUUUAAUCAGUCAUUGACUUACAAUGGCAUGGGGUCAGGUCAAUCAUGUGAAAAUUUUUUGUUCAAUUUUGUCAGAGUGAGUGGAAAAAUCAACACACGCACGCAUGCACAAAUGAUUGGAUUGAGUUACUUAGUUAUUUAAGUUGAUUAAAAUGAAUGUAAUGGCUCGGAUUGACCUGGCUUGUGGAGUGUGGUGGAGGGAAGUACCCAUUUUUUUCAUCAUUCCACAAAACUUAAGUUUCUUGAAAGAUCUUCGAACGGCCAGCAAUGAAUUUAUACAGGCAUACUCAGUUUGUCUUGAAGUAUUUUCUGCCUUCAUAGUGUGAAUUCUUACCCCCCGAAACUAAAAUAUUUGGUCAUUGCCAUAUCAUUUUUCAUGAAAUAUGUUUCUGGAUUUGUCAUCUGUACAAAGUGUACUUCUUUGUUUUGCCUGAAAUUUGUGAAAAAAUUUUCCCAUGUUCUUUCAAGAAUCUAAGAGUUCAUAAGGUAGUUUGAACUUCCUUCAGAUAAAAAAAAAGGUUGGACUCUGACAAAAAUGUAGAUUUGGAUGUUGUAGAGUCUUCCAGCAUAAUGCCCGCUGAGGAAGAGGAUGUAAAUUCUCACGAGGGGAGUGAAAAUAUUCUGGUAGCACCCCACUGUAACAGCGGGGAAAAUGUAAAUUCUCAUAAUGGGGGUGAAGAUAUGAUGGUAGCCCCCCAGCAUGACAGUGAGGAAAAUGAUGCUUGUAUUAUGAAUCAGGUGGGGACAAACUCCACUGUUGAUGUUCAUCAUAGAUUGUUGAGUACAGAUCCCCAGAUUGGUUUAGAAUUUCAAACGAAGGAAGCAGCAUACUCUUUCUACAGGGAGUACGCUCGCUCUGUUGGAUUUGGCAUCACAAUAAAAGCUAGCCGUCGCUCAAAGAAAUCUGGGAAGUUUAUUGAUGUGAAGAUAGCUUGUUCUAGAUUUGGAAGCAAACGCGAGUCCAGUUCAACUGUCCAUCCACGCCCCUGUAUGAAGACAACUGCAAAGCCGGAAUGAAUAUGAAGAGGAGGGAAGAUGGCAUAUGGAUUAUAUAUAGUGUUGUCAAGGAGCAUAACCAUGACAUUGACCCAGAUGACUUCUAUAAUUCCCUCUGGGGAAGGACCAAGCAAGUUGGUGCUUUAGCCUAUCAAAAGAAGGGUCUACAAGCUUUCCUAAAUGAGGAAGACACACAAGUGAUGCUUGAACAUUUCAUGAGCAUGCAGCAGGAGAAUCCCAAUUUCUUCUAUGCAAUAGAUUUGGGCCCUGACAAAUGCUUGAGAAAUGUCUUCUGGGUUGAUGCUAAAGGUAGGCAUGAUUAUGGCAGUUUCUGUGACGUGGUCUACUUUGAUAUCUUCUAUGUUAAAGAAAAAUAUGGUAUUCCUUUUCUUCCUAUUGUUGGAGUCAAUCACCAUGCUCAGUACUUACUGCUUGGAUGUGCAUUAAUUGGGGCCGAAGGGAAAUUGUCUUAUAGUUGGGUAAUGCAGGCGUGGCUCAAUGCAAUGGGUCAUCAAGCUCCUAAAGUUAUCAUAACCGAUCAAGACAAACAACUAAAAGAAGCUGUGGCAGAUGUAUUUCCAGAUAUACGCCAUUGUUUUUGCUUGUGGCACAUCUUCAGAAAAAUUCCUCUAACUUUGGCACAUGUUUUAGAUAAAUAUGAUAAAUUCAUGGAUAAGUUUAACAAAUGUGUGUAUCUGUCUUGGACGGAGGAACAGUUUGAAAAGAGAUGGCAGAAACUGAUUCAUAAAUUUGAAGUAGGGGAGGAUGAAUGGGUUUGCUCAUUAUAUGAAGAUCGUAAAAAGUGGGUCCCAACUUACAUGCAGGAUGCAUUUUUAGCUGGAAUGUCCUCAGCUGAUCGAACUAGAAGCAUGACUGCUUUUUUUGAUAGUUACCUAUAUAGGGGAAUUUCUUUUAAGGAUUUUUUGAAGCAAUACAAAGUGUAUUUGCAAGAAAGGUAUGAAAGGGAGGCUGCAUCGGAUGCCGAAUCACGGUACAAACCACCUGUAUUAAGGUCUGCCUUAACAUUUGAGAAGCAACUGUCAACAAUUUAUACAAAUGCAGUUUUCAAGCAAUUUCAGGACGAGGUUCUGGGAGUUGAGUUGUGUCAUCUGCAAAGAGAAAAUGGAAAUGAACUGGCUGCAAUCUUUCGAGUUGAAGAAUAUAGGAAAAGUCAAAAUUUUGUCGUCUCUUGGAAGAAAGUUGACUCAGAAAUUUUAUGUUCAUGUAAAUCAUUUGAAUACAGAGGUUUCCUUUGUAGACAUGCAAUGCUUGUUCUUCAAACAUCUGGCGUUUCUAGCAUCCCAUGUCAAUAUAUUUUAAAGCGCUGGACAAAGAAUGCAAAGAUAAGGGAAACUGAAUCUGAAAAAUCAAAAGAAUUGCUUGCUUCCAGAAUGCAGCGGUUUAAUGAUCUUUGUAAGAGAGCAAUUAAACUGGGGGAACAGGGCUCUUUAUCUCAGGAAGCUUACAUUAUUGCAUGUCAGGCCUUAGAGGAAGUGUCGAGACAGUAUUCAAGGGUUAAUUCUAGGUGGAGUGUUUCAGAGCCUGGCUUAGUUGCUGUUCACCAAAAUGCUGAAGCCCCAGAAGAGAAUAACAGGAACGUAGUCAAGUCACUUAAGAGAAAGAAAAUAUGUAAGAAAAGAAAGGUGGUGCAUUUUGAGCAAGGAGGUGCUGCUAUCAGGACUCAAGAUAACUUCCAUGAUGUGGAACAAGCAAGUUCAAGAACAGAAGGCCAGGAUAACCGUUGGAUUUCCCAACAGGGCAUGCAAGACAUGGAAUUAAAUUUCAGAACAGCAAGUCUAGAUGGCCAUGGUGAUGCUCAUCAAAGUAUGCAAGGAGUGCAACAACUAGAUUCAACAUGUCCCACUCGCGAUGGUUAUAAUGACAAUUUACAGGGUGGCCUGGUUUGUGCAUUACGUGCCUGCAUUCUGUCCUUAACUUCUAAUGCACAUAGUUCUGUGAUCCUUUUGGCCAUAUCUUCUGGUCUUUGAUCCUGACCUUGAUCU